AUGAGCGAAGGAACGAAGGAGGAAGAAUCGAAAAAUCAAGACGAUCUUGCAAGAGUAGAAAAGGAUCUCGAAGAAGUUGGAUUCAUUAAGCCUCCUGAUGGCGGAUAUGGCUGGAUUGUUGUGUUCGCUUCGUUCAUAGCCAAUCUAGUGGUGGAUGGUAUAAUUUUCACGUCUGGUGAUGCUCUUUUAUCACUAUGGCAGCAAGACUUUGCUACUUCUGACACAGCGUCAGCGUUAACUCUUUCGAUUUUGAGUGGCACGUACCUAUUAGUAGGUCCCAUCGCCUCCGCUCUCGCUAACAUGUACGGCUGUCGUGCUAUUGUAAUUACUGGUUCACUGCUCUCUUUUUUUGGUUUCAUAUGUUCCACAAUAGCUCCUCAGAUCGCCUUUCUAUACUUCAGUUUCGGACUAGUUGGAGGAGUCGGAUUUGGCCUUAUCUAUUUGCCUGCAAUUGUUGUCAUCGCUCAGUAUUUCGCCGAGAAUCGUUCAUUGGCUACGGGUUUAGCUGUAUGCGGAUCGGGUAUUGGUACAACAUUAUUUUCCACAAUCAAUCCCCUUGUCAUGGAUAUCGUCGGCGAAAAUUGGCGACUAUUUCUUAUUUACCUGGCUGGUUGUUCGCUCAUCUGUAUUUUUAGUGCGAUUGUCUAUGUGCCUAUGGAACCAAGUUCUGAGCAAAUUGAAGAGGUUUCGAUACCGGUCUUAGGUUACUGCCAUGUACAUUCACUAGACUUCCCAAGAGAUUUGUCACUUUUUGAUAGGUAUAACUUGCAAGGAGUUUUUCUAAUGCUUAAUUCUCGUGAUUACGCACUAAUAAUUGCUGUUAAGAGUGGCGUUUGGUCUCACCACAAUAUAGUACAAGCAGUUGCUCGCGAAUCUGUACGAGAUCUCAACCGACCUCUCUCACGAAUGGAUGUUUUUUACUCUGGAUCAACUACAAAUUUGCGUAAGAGGAGUAGUCCCAGCAUCGUUGUUACUGGUACGGUAGAAAAUGACAAAAUGAGCAGCACAUGCAAAGACUUCUGGAAAAACAUGAACGGUUUUCAGACGCUCAACACAUUAUUGGAUACUUCAUUGCUGUCUUCACCGUCAUUUAUCAUUCUUGCUGUUUCUGGUUUUUUAACACUUUCGUGUUUCUAUGUUCCUUAUAAUUACCUUGGACAACACCUCAGCAAGAUCAGAAAUCUCACUCAAGCGCAAAAGUCCUUGCCUAUUUCUCUUCUUGGUAUAAUAAACAUUGCUGCCAGGAUUGUUUGUGGUCAAUAUAAUGAUUUCUUUGGAUGGAUUGCUGAUCGACCGCAAGUGGACGCUCUUCUGGUAUCAAACGUAGCCGUGAUGGUGGCGGGGAUCGCCACAUGUAUGGUUCCAUUCUUCACCGAAUUCUGGCACUUUAUUGUUUUCUGCAUCCCUUUCGCCACAGGGGUUGCCUGUUUUGCUGCCUUACGAUCAGUGAUAUGCGUUGAUCUCUUCGGUCUCGCCAAGCUAUCAAACGCUUUCGGAAUACUUUUGACCUUCAUGGGAUUUGGUGCAAUCGUUGGAUCUCCUUUGGCUGCGUUUAUGAAGGACUUAACGGGGAAUUUUGACGUCUCAUUUUAUAUCAUGGGUUGUCUAAUGACAACAAGUGGAGCGAUGUGCAUGCCGCUGCGUAAAAUACGAAUCCUAGAGGAAAAGCGGGAUGCAAAUCAUGCCACAGAAUUGACAAAGCUCAACUAA